CAUUCUGCUGCCUGACCACAUGCAUUAUUUUUGAACUGGCACCCAGAAUCCUGCCUCUAGCCCUGCCUUUAAACUUUCUCUCAGAUUCAACCUCAGUGGGUCUUCAUUAUCUCCUCCUGCUCCUUGACAGCAGCGGCGGAACACCCCCCUGGUAUCCUUGCCCCAGAAACUGGUUGCCUCCUCCCCUCUGGGGUGCACGAUGGCUUUGCCUUUUUAUCAGAAGUCCCACCAGCACUAUGAUCUCAGCUACCGCAACAAGGACCUCCGCAGCACCAUGAGCCACUACCAACAGCAGCAGAAGCAGCGCUCCGCCAUCUACACCCACGGCUCCACCGCCUAUAGCAGCCGGUCCUCCGCAGCACACCGCCAGGAGUCAGAGGCCUUUAGUCACGCAUCUGCCGCCUCCUACCAGCAGCAGGCCACUCAGGCCUACCGCCUUGGAGCAUCUCAGUAUUCUCAAGGGUCUGAAGUCAGCCGGAAGACAGCCUCCGCAUAUGAUCAUGGCUAUUCCUACGGACUUACAGAUUCCAGUCUGCUAUUAGAAGAUUAUUCAUCCAAGUUGAGCCCCCAAACAAAGAGAGCCAAGCGGAGCCUUCUGUCUGGAGAGGAAACCGGAAACCUGCCAGGCAACUACAUGGUGCCGAUUUACUCUGGGCGCCAAGUGCACAUCGGUGGAAUUAGAGACACAGAAGAAGAAAGAAUUAAAGAAGCUGCUGCUUACAUAGCUCAGAGGACUCUUCUUGCCAGCGAGGAAGCAGUCGCAGCAUCCAAGCAGUCCAUGGUAUCCAAGCAGUCCACGGCAUCCACGCAGUCCACGGCAUCCAAACAGGCCACGUCCACCCUUCAACGAGAAGAAACGUUUGAGAGAAGUCGAGGAAUAUUGUGAUUCGAGAAAAGGCAG